GGAAUUAUCCAUGCCAUGUUUUUGGAGCUUAGUUAGUUUUGAAAACAAUAUUAGAUUUCAUAUUUAGAAAUGUAGUAUUUCCUUAUUGUGAUGAGCUAAAACACAUCUUUGUGUUAAUAAUUCUUUAAUUGCUAAGCAGUGUAUACAGUAUUUACCAAUGUUGAUUAAAAUGAUACCAGGUCACUGUUCACAACAAAGGAAUCCUUUAGUUUUUUUAGAUAUUACUAUCGAUGGAGAAAGUGCUGGUAGAAUUAUAAUAGAAUUAAGAAGUGAUUUAGUGCCAAAAACUGCAGAAAACUUCAGAGCUUUGUGUACUGGUGAGAAAGGUGUAUCACCAAACGGUAAACCAUUGCAUUUCAAGGGUGUUAGAUUUCACAGAGCUGUUCCACAAUUUAUGGUACAAACUGGAGAUAUAUUAAAUGGUGAUGGAACAGGAGGCGAAAGUAUUUAUGGACCAACAUUUGAAGAUGAAAAUUUCAUAUUGAAGCAUGAUGCUGGAGUUGUAAGCAUGGCUAAUAAAGGGAGGCCACAUACUAACGCUUCUCAGUUCUGUAUCACGACGGUGCCAUGCCCACAACUAGAUGGAACCAAUGUGGUGUUUGGCAAAGUGUUGGCUGGCAUGGCAAUUGUCGAGGAAAUGCAAUACUGCAGCAAAGACGGCAGGCUUCUUGUGGAAUGUGUGAUCGCUGAUUGUGGUGAAGUGGUGGGGUCGUGGGAACUGGGGGCGCGCGACGAUCGUCUUCCUGAACAUCCUAGCGACUUGCUCCAUCUGGAACCACUGCCGUUAGAUCGACUAGUAUCAAGUAUAAUGGAAGUGAAGUGUAUCGGGAAUAUUCUCUUCAGCAAGAGUAGAUACAAAGCGGCUGUGCGCAAGUAUAGGAAAUGUCUGCGGUAUAUAAACUACGUGCAAGAACUAAUAAAUGAAUUGAAGGAUGACACUCAACAAAACGCAUACAGCGAAAUUAUGGCCUCUCACACUCAGAACUGUCACUUGAACUUGGCAGCGUGCUUCGUGAAGUUGGAGAAUUAUAGUUUAUGCGUGAAGGCUUGCACAGAGGUAUUAGAAAACGACAGCCGCAACGAGAAGGCUUUAUACAGGAGGGGGCAAGCGAAUUUCGCCCUUAAAAACUACGACGCAGCGCUCUCAGAUCUCAAGCAAGCGGAGCAAGUAUCCCCUAACAACAAGGCCGUCCAGAAACUGUUAGAACAAGUGAGGUACUCAAAAAAAAAGUACAACGAGGUGCAGAAACAAAGGCUGUCAAAAUUUUUUCGUAUCCAAAAAGAAAAAAAUCUCGCCAUCUGCGAUAACUGAACUAAGACUGAACGUGGUAAUAUACAAUUUUGGUGUAUGAAUUUAUUGUGUGUUAGUCUACGAGAGAAUGUAGCCACCUGAUAAGCUUUAUGAAAAAGAUUAAGAAAUUAGAAUUAUGUUUUCUUACAAGAAACACAAGUCGAUAGUAGUCUAAUAGAAUAUGUGCAUUCUACGGAUUUUUUCUAUAGCUCUAUCCCUUUCCAGAAAACAAGUAGCCAUAACGUAGCUAGAGGAGGCGGGUAGGGAGGCAUAUUAUAACAUAUGGGUGUCACGAUUAGCUCUUGGAAUUUGCCUAGGUUUGGCACAGUGUUUGGAUCCGGAUCGAAAGAAAACUUGUGAAUGAAAAAUUGUUCAAAUAUAAUAAGUGGAUUGAUAUAUGAUGUGUUCUUUGUAAGCUUAUGUUAUAUUUAUAUUAACCAUGAAAUUGAUAUUGUUUUUGUAUUAAGUCGAUAAUCAUGUAGCCUCGUCAUUGUAUUUGUGAGGAAAAUAAAGUAAAAUUAUUAU